CGCUGUCAUAGUCAUGUUCCACGUUUCUUUUUGGAUCUUAAACUCGCCAAGAUAUCACACUGGUGUCAAACAAGAAACAGCGUAUGAAAGAAUGGAUCUACUGUCCCAAGGACGCAGUCAUAGUCAUGUUCCACGUUUCUUUUUGGAUCUGAAACUCACCAAGAUAUCACACUGGUGUCAAACAAGAAACAGCGUAUGCAAGAUCGCUUCACCGGACUAUAAACAAUGUACGUGGACUAUUGGAGCCUUGUGCGUACUUCACCAUUGGAAUCGCGCCUUUUGUGCCCAGUCUCAAGGAGUUUUUAAUGGCGACAUCCAACCAUCAAUUUGUGGUAGCAGAAUCGUAAGUCACUCGUGAAGAAAAGGACUGUCGGGGGAUAUCAGGCUACAGCAA